AUCUUCACUCUUCAUCACAAAUGGCAUACAGCAAGACUCGUUAUGAGGUCGCAAGCUUCGUUUUCGGACGCAGAGGUGGAGGCGCAUAUGAUGCAGUCUGGUUAGUGUGGGUAGGCAGCGCACUAGGUGUUGAAACAGCCGAGUCUGUCCCUGGUCAUCUGCGCUGGAUCGAUCGAUCGGUUCAGUCCUCUGUGCUCUUUAUUGUAGCGGUGACGGGCUGAUGGGAACUCUCCGUGACCUCCAGUUUGCCCUGCAGACUAAGAUUGAGGAGCUGCGGCAACGUGACGCCCUCAUCGAUGAGCUGGAGCUGGAGCUGGACUCUAAAGAUGACCUCAUCAGACAGCUGCAGGGCGAGCUGGACCGUCUCCGCACCGCCUCGGUCUCACUCAACCCCUCCGGGACGACAGAAGUCACAGCGUUACCAGAUGAGCCCCAGCGAACUAAACGCCAGGCCAUUUCAGCCGAACCCACAGGGCUGGACCCAAAUCAACUCACCCACGUCACCCUCACCAACUACAGCAAGAGCGAGGAGUCUCGAGAGUUGAUCCAGAAGGCUCUUUUGGAGAAUGAUUUCAUGAAGCACCUGGAGGCCAGUCAGAUCCUCACCAUCAUGGACUGCAUGUAUCCCACCACACUGGCACAGGGCUGCUGCGUCAUCCAGGAGGGCGACGACGGCUCUACUGUCUACGUCCUGGAAGAGGGGUCGGUGGAGGUUACCAAAGGAGAGCAGAAGCUGUGCACCAUCGAGCCGGGGAAAGUGUUCGGAGAGCUCGCAAUACUCUAUAACUGCACGCGCACGGCCACCGUCACAGCCCUGACCAAUAUCAAACUAUGGGCUAUAGAUCGACAGGGUUUCCAAACCAUCAUGAUGAGAACUGGCCUUCUCAAGCAUUCGAACUACAUGGAGUUCUUGAGAAGUGUGCCCUCCUUCAAGACUCUCACUGAAGAUGUGCUGAGUAAAGUAGCAGAUGUUCUGGAAGAGACUCACUACAAUGAUGGCGACUACAUCAUUCGUCAGGGCGCUACUGGAGACACAUUCUUCAUCAUCAGUGAGGGUCAGGUGAGGGUCACCCAGCAGAAAUCAGCCAGUGAGGAGCCAGUGUUCCUGUCCACACUGUCUAGAGGGGAUUGGUUUGGAGAGCAGGCUCUCAAAGGGGAAGAUGUGCGUACAGCAAAUGUAACGGCUGUUGGAGAUGUGACAUGUCUGGUUGUGGACAGAGAGUCUUUCAAGCAGCUGAUCGGAGGACUGGACAAUAUGAGCAACAAGAUGUAUGAGAGUGAAGAGGUGAAGGCCAGGUUGGAGGCAGAAGCCGCGUUCUUCUCUAAUAUGUCUCUCAGUGACUUCCGUGUGAUCUGCACGCUGGGGGUGGGCGGCUUCAGUCGGGUGGAGCUGGUGCAGCUGAAGAACGAUCACAGUCGCUCCUUUGCCAUGAAGGUCCUGAAAAAGCGUCACAUCCUGGACACGAGUCAGCAGGGCCACAUCCUGUCUGAGAGAUGGAUCAUGAUGGAAGCCCACAGUCCUUUUACUGUCAGACUUUAUCAGACCUUCAGAGAUUCGAAGUACCUGUACAUGCUGCUGGAGGCGUGUUUGGGUGGAGAGCUGUGGACUCUGCUCAGAGACCGAGGCUCGUUUGAUGACAGCACCACACGCUUCUACGCUGGAUGUGUGGUGGAAGCUCUCGCUUUUCUACACUGCCGUGGAAUCAUCUACAGAGACCUAAAGCCUGAGAACAUCAUACUGGACCACCGUGGAUAUGCCAAGCUGGUGGACUUUGGUUUUGCUAAAAAAGUUGGCUUGGGGAAGAAGACAUGGACGUUUUGUGGAACUCCAGAGUACGUGGCCCCCGAGAUCAUCCUAAAUAAAGGACACGACGUCUCGGCCGACUACUGGUCUCUGGGAAUCCUCAUCUUUGAGCUGCUGAGCGGAAGCCCACCUUUCUCAGGGUCAGAUCCCAUGAAGACGUACAACAUUAUUCUUCGAGGAAUCGAUAUGGUGGAGUUUCCCAAGAAAAUCACUAAGAGUGCUGCGAACUUGAUCAAGAGACUGUGCAGGGACAAUCCGUCUGAGAGACUCGGCAACCAGAAGAAUGGCGUGAAGGACAUCCAGAAACACAAAUGGUUUGAGGGGUUUAACUGGGAUGGUGUUCGUGAAGGAACCGUGACUUCUCCGUUUAUACCAAAUGUGGAAGGGCCUUUGGACACCAGUAAUUUCGACUGUUUCCCAGAGGACACAGAUGAGCCGCCGCCUGAUGAGGAGUCCGGCUGGGACUUUGAGUUCUGAUCGAAGGGACCAAAUGCUUAUAUGAACGGCACAGAAACAGAC